CGCAGAAUCUUGGCCAGAAAUAACAAAAGUACGUACGAAAUCGAAGAAGACGUGAUCAAAUUCGUCUGAGGGGCAUUGGCUUCUCAAAAAUAUUUCGCCCUUAAACUAAAAAUUCCAGUUUAUCACCCAUGGCGUACUGUACGGGAGUUUUGCAUCGCCAGGGCUGCAAAAUCACGAAGGUUCUACUGACCGAGAUACAAAUAAGAUGCUUCCACGUGUCGCCGCUUUCUGCCGCCGCCUCCAAGGUGGCAAUGAGCAAAUUCGAUGCCGAAAGUUACAUGCCCUACGAUAAGUUGACUAAGAACUUGGAGGUGGUUAAGAAACGUUUAGGUACACCUCUUACGUUGUCGGAAAAGGUCUUGUAUUCGCAUAUUGAUGAACCCAACAAGCAGGAAAUCGAGAGAGGCACGUCGUACUUAAGAUUGCGACCGGAUCGCGUUGCCAUGCAAGAUGCGACCGCACAAAUGGCGAUGCUUCAGUUCAUUUCUAGCGGUCUAAAACGCGUCGCCGUGCCCAGCACGAUCCAUUGCGACCAUCUUAUCGAGGCCCAGGUUGGGGGGGAUCAGGAUCUUGCGCGCGCCAAAAGCCAAAAUAAGGAAGUUUACGAUUUCCUGAGCAGCGCCGGAAAUAAGUACGGGGUCGGGUUCUGGAAACCCGGUUCAGGUAUUAUCCAUCAGAUCAUCCUGGAAAACUACGCCUUCCCCGGACUUUUGAUGAUCGGUACGGAUUCGCACACACCGAAUGGAGGGGGGUUGGGCUGCUUGUGUAUCGGCGUAGGAGGGGCGGAUGCCGUUGACGUUAUGGCUAAUAUCCCUUGGGAGUUGAAAUGUCCGAAAGUGAUUGGUGUUAAACUUACAGGAAAAUUGUCUGGGUGGACCUCUCCGAAGGACAUCAUUUUGAAAGUGGCCGGCAUUCUUACCGUGAAAGGUGGCACGGGUGCUAUUGUAGAAUACCACGGGCCCGGUGUGGAUUCGAUUUCGUGCACCGGUAUGGCAACUAUUUGUAAUAUGGGGGCCGAGAUUGGGGCUACCACUUCACUCUUCCCUUACAACAAACGCAUGCGCGAUUACUUAGUUGCAACGAAACGUGGUGACAUCGCCAAGGAAGCGGAUAAAUAUCAAAAGGAUCUUCUCAACCCGGAUCCAGGUUGUAAAUACGAUCAGUUGAUCGAAAUUAACCUAGACACCUUGGAACCGCACGUUAACGGACCAUUCACGCCGGAUCUUGCUCACCCCAUCAGUAAACUUGGAGAGGCCGCCCGUAAAAACAACUGGCCCGUCGAUAUUAAAGUAGGUUUAAUUGGCUCUUGCACGAACAGCUCGUACGAAGACAUGGGUCGCUGCGCCAGCAUUGUCAACGAGGCCAUGAAACACGGUCUCAAGUCCAAAAUUCCGUUCAACGUCACCCCCGGAUCGGAACAAAUCCGUGCCACGAUAGAGCGCGAUGGCAUCGCGAAAAUAUUGAGAGACUUCGGUGGCACCGUCCUCGCCAACGCAUGCGGACCGUGCAUCGGGCAGUGGGACCGUAAAGAUGUAAAGAAAGGCGAAAAGAACACCAUAGUCACAUCGUACAAUCGUAACUUCACCGGCCGUAACGAUGCGAAUCCCGCCACGCACGCCUUCGUCACAUCACCCGAACUCGUUACGGCACUCAGCAUCGCUGGAACACUCGAUUUUGAUCCUACAAAACAUGAACUGACCGGUGCUGAUGGGAAAAAAUUCAAGCUGUCUUCGCCCUUCGGAGAUGAGUUGCCUUCGAAAGGUUUCGAUCCCGGUCAGGACACCUAUGAAGCGCCAAAGAAAGACGGUAGCUCGCUUAACGUCGUCGUCGAUCCGAAAUCCACUCGCUUACAAUUGCUCGAACCGUUUGACACGUGGAACGGAAAGGAUCUCACCGAUAUGACAGUUUUAAUUAAAGUCAAAGGAAAGUGCACCACCGACCAUAUCUCCGCCGCCGGCCCUUGGUUGAAAUACCGCGGACAUUUGGAUAACAUCUCGAAUAAUAUGUUCAUCGGCGCCACCAAUUACGAAAACAGCGAAAUGAACAAGAUCAAAAACCAGCUGACCGGAGAGUGGGGUGCGGUUCCGGACGUCGCGCGCCAUUACAAAGCCAACGGCGUCAAAUGGGUCGCGGUGGGCGACGAGAAUUACGGCGAGGGCAGUUCUCGGGAGCACGCCGCCUUGGAACCGAGACAUCUGGGAGGACGCGCGAUCAUCGUCAAGUCGUUUGCCAGAAUUCACGAAACCAACCUAAAGAAACAGGGUCUUUUACCGCUCACCUUUGCCAAUCCGGCCGAUUACGAUAAAAUUCAGCCGACCGACAAGAUCAGCUUGCUCGGCUUGAAAAGCUUGGCGCCCGGAAAACCAGUAACCUGCGAAAUUAAGCACGCCGAUGGGUCGGUUGAUAAAAUAUCGCUCAAUCACACUCUCAAUGAUCUCCAAAUUGGAUGGUUUAAAGCCGGAAGCGCACUUAAUCGUAUGAAGGAGUUGGCUAAGUAAAAUUUUUAGAACGAGUGGUUCCUUUUAUCUACUUCUUUUGUAAGUCUACUACACGAUGGCGGGUAAGAAAUCAACAUCAAUUGUGAUUGUUAUCUGAUAUGUAUAUAAUAAUUGUAAUUCUUCAUGUAUUAAUCGACUGUAAUUAGGUAGCCGAAAUCGGUUUUUAGAUACUUACGCUUGCGUAGUGUGCCCUUGUUGAUUUGACAAUAAAAUUAUAAAAUUUA